CUCGAUAUUUAUUUUGAAAGCUAUAACCGGAAAUGAUAAGUUAUAAAAAUAAUAUCUUGACACUGGAGCAGCAACUGUUGCACACUUUUUCACACCUUCUUGUCGUUUCCCCGUCAUAAAACAUGUUGUUUAGUCCGACGGGUGCAUCGGAGUGUUUUCGCGAAUGGGGAGAUUUAGAAAAAGACUACCAACAAAUUCAGGACACGCAUCGUCUGUACAGAGUAAAGCUUGAGGAAGUCAACAAAUUGCAAAACAGCUGCACUUCAGCCAUCUCACGUCACCGGAAGAAACUACAAGAUCUCUCGGCGUCACUAGAACAAUGCAAAGUAAAGCACCCGGAGCAAAAGUUAACUCCAGAGGAAAUGGGAUCCAUCGCCGACAUCCAGGUGGCGAUAGACGAGCGAACCAACGCUUUUUCUGAGAUGGAAGCUUUUCUGCCAAAGAAAAAUGGGUUAUACCUCACUCUGGUUUUAGGGAACGUCAACGUCACCCUCCUCAAUAAGCAGUCAAAAUUUGCCUACAAGGAUGAAUAUGAAAAAUUUAAGCUGGUCCUCACCGUCAUCCUCUUCCUCUUCUCUUUCACGUGUCGCUUUUUGUUCAGCUACAGAGCAUUAGACGCCCUUUUUAAUUUCCUCCUGGUGUGGUACUACUGCACGCUCACUAUCCGUGAGAGCAUUCUCAUCAACAACGGUUCAAGGAUCCGAGGCUGGUGGGUGUUCCAUCAUUAUGUGUCCACCUUCUUGUCCGGGGUCAUGCUCACAUGGCCCGAGGGGACACUCUACCAAAUGUUUCGGAACCAGUUCCUCUCAUACUGCCUGUACCAAAGUUUUGUCCAGUUUUUACAAUACUACUACCAAAGCGGCUGCUUGUACAGACUACGAGCUCUCGGAGAACGACACAACAUGGACCUGACCGUUGAGGGUUUCCAGUCGUGGAUGUGGAGGGGGCUGACUUUCUUGCUGCCCUUUUUGUUCUUUGGUCAUUUCUGGCAGCUGUACAACAGCCUCACACUUUUCAAGAUGUUCCAGCUUCCAGAAUGCAAAGAGUGGCAGGUGGCAAUGUGCGGCUGCUCCUACAUGACUCUCUUCCUGGGCAACUUCUUCACCACGCUGGGAGUGGUGUACCACAAGUACAUGAUGAACCAAGACAAGCCCAAGUCCUUUUAGGACUUAGACGUUUGUACCCUCUCCAUUUUACUGUUUAUGCUUUUAGGUGGUGUGUUAUUUGCCAAUAUUACAAAAGUGUACUUACUGUGGAUGUGAUUCAUAUCACUAUGACUCAGGAUGUGUGCAGAUCUGCAAUGAACAAGUUUGUCUUAUGUAUUAAUAGCCUUCAAAAUGUGAUGAAUAAAAGCAGUCAUCCAAAGCA